AUGAUCUCUCCAAGGAACAAAGUAUCCUCCACUUUGCUUAAGAAAUUAGGCAAAACCCUCACGGGAGGUGCAUUGACAUGGUAUUCACAACUGCCUACGCGUUCCAUUGAGACCUUCAAAGAAAUGGCCGACAAGUUCGUAACAGCCCACAUUGGGGCCAAAAAGGCAGAAGUGAGAGUAAACGAUAUAUUUGCUAUCAAACAGUCUCUGGGAGAGACUGAGGGACUUCCUCGCCCAUUUCAAUCGAGUAAGGAUGACCUUGCCGAAUGUAUCAAAAGGGAUGGUGAUUGCAGCUUUCUAGAACGGGCUGAACAGAAAUGGUUCAAGGGCAAUGAGAAAACUAUUAAGUCGGCUAAUGAAGUACAAGCAGACGAGGAUGAUCUCAAUGGGUCGACCCAUGGAUUGACCUCGGUACAAGCCGAAUCCAGAAAAGAUCGCAGAAAUGAUGUUAAGAGCGACCUCAUAGCUCUGCGACCCAACCAGGAACGACAUCUACCAUAUGUUAGAAGCGCCAUUGUGCCCCCCUCCUGCCAUGAAGAGGGCCCACCCAAGCCAAGGACAGGGACUCACCGGAACGAAAGAGAAAUAGUCUACACAUUGGAGAAUCUCGGACCAAAGGUAAAGUGGCCACAAAAGAUGAGGUCGGAUUCGAGCACCGGAAAGUCACAUGUCCUUUGCGAGUUCCACCAAGAACGAGGACACAAAACCGAGGAUUGCAUCGCCCUAAGACAGGAGGUCGUAAACACUCUUCGACAAGGACACCUCAAAGAGUUGUUGAGCGACCGGGAAAGGACCAGCUUUGCCAGAGGACGCGAACAGCAUCAGUGA